CGGCAGUUUUGCCGCUUCUGCGGGCGGGGCCGCCGGCCUCGGCGCGUUGGAGGGUGCUGGCAUUGCGCCCGCUGCUCCCCCCCGCCCUUCAUGCGCCUGCUGCUCUCCGGCGGCCCUUGCUGUGCCUCCUGCAGUUGCUGGCCGCCUGCGUAGCCCCUCGGCCCCAGAGCCUUACAUCGGUCGCCCGCGCGGCCUGGGCGAUUCGCCGUGCGGCGUUCCGGUCGGUCGCGCAGGUGCCGCACGGGCCCGGCCGCGGGCAGGCUGCUUGCUAGAUCUCUUUAUGAGCCCUC